UAUAAUGGUACUCGCCUGCCUUCUCUACCACACUCCUUAAGAUUAAUCCUUGUAGACUCUUUUCUCUCUAACAGCUUGUCUCUUUUUUGCUUUAAAUUGCAAUCAAGGCGGAAUAACAGGUGAGUUGAGAAGCUAAUUUACAUCUGUGAGGUUUUCUGUAUAAACCUUAAUAGUCCUCUCAUCAAGUUUGCUUUCCUUUGGGAAUUUUGUCAGAACCACAAGUUUAUCCCCCAGAUGUGCAAUUUGGGAAAAUUAACCUGGCAGAGGUAAACAGACUAGAUUAGGAAAAGUGGUGAUCAUAAUAAUCAUAAUGAGGAUAUUGCAGUUAAUCAGGCAAGCUACAGUAGGAUCUUGGUUUAGGAUAGUGGCAGUGACAAUACAAAGAAUAGAAAAGAGGUACAAGAGACUGAGGAAAGAAGGGAUACAAUGUGGUAGCAGACUGGCUGUGGGUGAGAAGAGGAAGGAAUCAAAGAUCCCUGAAGUUCUACGCUUCAGGUAGUCCUGGGUUCUAAUCCCAAGUUUGACUCUUACUAGCCACUUAGUCCUGGGUUCUCAUCCCAAGUUUGACUCUUACUAGCCACGGCCACAUCAGCUUACUACUUAUACACAUAUUUGUAAAGGUGUCUCCCUCUCCCUUACCAAGAAGAGGGCAACACUUAGACUCAAUCACCCACAAACCUUACUAAAGGACACCUUAUCUUCCAUUAGUUUCCCCCAUAUGUUUACUUUACCACAAGUUAGCCAUCCCUGAAAGCCUAAACCCCUUUUUCUUUUUGUCACUUCUCUACAAAAUUUUUUUGUUGUUGUUCUUUGCUUUACUUUACUAACCCAGCCUUCUUAAGAGAGAGAAAACAGGAAGAAAAGAACCUGACUCAUCUGGGCUCCUAGCCCAAACUGCUCUGCUAUCCAUUCGUAUCAGGGAUCUACAUGGGUGAUUAUCCUCUAUUAAAACUAUUAGUUAAAAGCUAAUUUCCAUUUUACAAAUGGAAAUUUAUGCCCUGCUUUUUAGACAAAUGGUGGCAGCGAGGAGGGCAGGCAGGGAUCUUAAUUUUUUUUUUAAGCUUCUGCUGCUGUUUCUCAACUACCUUCCGCUCAAAAUAAUCCUUAUGUCAAAGUGGCAUAUUUUGGGGUGGCAUAUUCUGAUCCCCUACAAAAACUUAAUUAUGGCUUCUUCCCGGAGGAGGGAGGAAGGGAUUUCCUGGAUGCGCUUACCUCAAAGACUAGAAACAAAGAGGCCUGGGUUCUUGCCCUUAAAUCACAGUGGCCCUUAACAUUAGCAAAAUGCGGCCGAUGAGCGUCCUCAGUUCUGCCCAAUCGGGUAGAAGGUAGGAAAGGUGAUGUGCAAAGAGAUGAGGGCGAUGCUUUUCUUGGCAGCGACUACCACACCUAGCCCAGUGCCACGUAGUGCGGCCGCUGCAGAAAGCGCGCUUAGCGACGCUCCAGCAGGACCCCAGGCGGCCUCGCAGAUAUUUUCCCCGGAAUGUUUGCCCUCUCCCAGAUCCUGCCUCCGCGUGGAGUGGGGGUAGGUCUGGCGGGCGGCGUCCUUUGCUUUCCUCCUCCCAAGCAGCUCUGAACCACGUUUAUGGGAUGUUUAAUGGACUAUAAUAAAACAGCUAAUAAUUCCCGCCCACGGAGGCAGGGAGUCCCUAGCCCAACCGACGCUGACAUCGCCUCCUGUGAAGAAGCCACUCAGUCAAGAGAGCGCGGCUUCCGGAAAGCGCCUGCGCCAUGCCGUCUGGCCAAAGCCGCGAAGGUGGGCGGAAACCAUAGCAACACUGCGAGACGAUUGCUACGCCGUGCGCGAUGACGUUUGGGGAGCGCCCCCAGCGCCGGAUUAUGAUGCAAUCAGCGGCGCGGGCUCUGCGGUCUCGCGUGACCGCGGGCGCAGGCGCCUGGCCUCCAAACAGCAGCAACGGCGGAGGCAGGCGGGCGAGGUCAAGAUGGUGGCUCCGCGGGCGGGGGAGGUGUUGGAGGGAGGAGGAGCCAGACCUUAGCCGACCGGAAACACCGACACCCAGAGGCCUCCCGGGAGUCGCCGCCGCUGCCUCCGCCGCCUGCUCCAGCUCGAGAGAGGCGAGCGGGCGGCGGGGCGGGCCGUAAGAGAGCAGAGGAGGGAGGGCGGGGGCGGAGUCGCCCGCCUUAGCCCCCGCCCCUGGCCGCGGCCCCGGGCCCUGCCCCGCGCGGCCCUGCCCGGCUCGCCCAGCCCCGGUGUGGCAGCGGCUCAUGGCGGCGGUGGGGCCCCCGCAGCAGCAGGUGCGGAUGGCCCAUCAGCAGGUCUGGGCGGCGCUCGAGGUGGCGCUCCGGGUGCCCUGCCUCUACAUCAUCGACGCCAUCUUCAACUCCUACUACGAUUCCAGCCAAAGUCGGUUCUGCAUCGGGCUCCAGAUCUUCCUCCGGCUCCUUGGUAUAUUUGUAUCCAGUAUUGUUCUGAUCUUGUCACAACGAUCACUUUUCAAGUUUUACAUGUACAGUUCAGCCUUUCUGUUAGCUGCAACUUCAGUGUUGGUAAAUUAUUAUGCUUCUUUACACAUUGACUUCUAUGGUGCCUACAACACAUCAGCUUUCGGAAUUGAGCUGCUUCCUCGAAAAGGGCCCUCGCUGUGGAUGGCACUCAUCGUUCUACAGCUAACCUUAGGAAUUGGAUACAUUACACUAUUACAAAUUCAUUCCAUCUAUUCACAAUUAAUUAUUUUGGAUCUCUUGGUUCCUGUAAUAGGCUUAAUCACAGAGCUCCCGUUGCACAUCCGAGAGACUUUAGUUUUUACUUCUUCCUUGAUUCUCACAUUAAACACAGUGCUUGUCUUGGCAGUGAAGCUUAAGUGGUUUUAUUAUUCUACACGGUAUGUUUAUCUUUUAGUGAGGCACAUGUAUAGAAUUUAUGGAUUACAGUUAUUAAUGGAGGACACAUGGAAGAGGAUUCGUUUCCCAGAUAUACUGAGAGUCUUUUGGCUAACAAGAAUUACAGCUCAGGCUACAGUGUUGAUGUACAUUUUAAGGAUGGCAAAUGAAACGGAUUCCUUCUUUAUUUCUUGGGAUGACUUCUGGGACCUCAUUUGCAAUCUUAUAAUUAGUGGAUGUGAUUCUACACUAACUGUACUGGGCAUGAGUGCUGUAAUUUCCUCAAUAGCCCAUUAUUUGGGCCUUGGAAUAUUGGCCUUUAUUGGAUCAACCGAAGAAGAUGACAGGCGGCUUGGCUUCGUAGCACCUGUUUUAUUUUUUAUUUUGGCUCUUCAGACUGGUUUAAGUGGGCUAAGACCAGAAGAGAGACUUAUUCGCUUAAGUAGAAACAUGUGCCUUUUACUAACUGCAGUCCUGCAUUUCAUCCACGGAAUGACAGACCCUGUAUUAAUGUCUCUCAGUGCCUCUCAUGUGUCAUCUUUCCGUAGACAUUUUCCUGUGCUCUUUGUCUCUGCUUGCCUGUUUGUUCUUCCUGUUUUACUCAGUUACAUUCUUUGGCAUCACUAUGCACUAAAUACAUGGUUGUUCGCAGUUACAGCCUUUUGUGUGGAACUCUGCUUAAAAGUAAUUGUUUCUCUCACUGUGUAUACGUUAUUCAUGAUUGAUGGCUACUAUAAUGUCCUUUGGGAAAAGCUUGAUGAUUAUGUCUACUAUGUUCGUUCAACAGGCAAUAUUAUUGAAUUUAUAUUUGGAGUAGUAAUGUUUGGAAAUGGGGCUUACACUAUGAUGUUUGAGUCAGGAAGUAAAAUUCGGGCUUGUAUGAUGUGUCUACAUGCAUAUUUUAACAUCUACUUACAAGCAAAAAAUGGCUGGAAGACAUUCAUGAACCGUAGGACUGCUGUUAAGAAAAUUAAUUCACUUCCUGAAAUAAAAGGGAGCCGCUUACAAGAAAUAGAUGAUGUAUGUGCAAUCUGCUAUCAUGAGUUUACAACAUCUGCUCGCAUCACACCAUGUAAUCAUUAUUUCCAUGCACUUUGCCUUCGGAAAUGGCUGUACAUCCAAGAUACUUGUCCAAUGUGCCAUCAGAAAGUGUACAUCGAAGACGAUAUUAAGGAUAAUGCAAAUAUAUCUAACAACAAUGGAUUUAUUGCACCCAAUGAAAAUCCAGAGGAAGCUGUAAGAGAAGCUGCUGCUGAAUCUGACAGGGAAUUGAACGAAGAUGACAGUACAGAUUGUGAUGAUGAUGUUCAAAGAGAAAGAAAUGGAGUGAUUCAGCACACAGGCCCAGCAGCUGAAGAACUUAAUGAUGAUACUGAUUAAAAUAGCAUUUACUAAUCAUUGAGGUUAUUUGUUUAAAAUUCAGUUCAUCCAAAAUGGAGUAAUAUGCUUCACUUCAGUGUGUAACCAAGCACAAAAACAGUAUCCAUGUUGAAUCUGUGAAUGGUUUUCCGUUUACUGUGAUGUGCUACUGUAAAUAUACCUCUUUAAUUACUUCUGGUCUCUUUGGUGACCUAUUUAAAUUUGUGUACAUUAUUGUACAUAGAAUAAAAUGUUUUCACGUUUUUAUGACAAAAUUUGAACAAACAGCUUUUUAAUAGAUGUAAUGAUACAAUACAGUGCGUCAACUGUGCCAAAGAUUCCUCAAUGAAAGCAUAUAAAAGUAUCUAACUCUGGACCCUAGUUUUUCUUUAAAAUGGGUGGGAAAAUGCAAAUGCAAAUCAGAGGAAACCACAUUAAGUCAAGGAAAUAAUUUGGACCAGAGGAUAAAAGCUACAUGUAGAGUAUUUUAAAAUGAAGGAGAACAUAGGCUGCCAGAAGAGACUUUUUUGAAAUCUGAGUGUAGCACGUGGCUGAGCUGGGUUCAAAAGUCAUGAUUCAGAGACUGUGUAAGAGUUGAGAAACAGGCUUUUAUCAACUAAACUUUGGUAUAAAAACCAGAAUGUGCUAAUUGUUUAAUUUUGAUGUAAAUAAAACCAGUAUAUUUGUUGGCCAUUCUGUUUGCAGCGUUAACAUAAAAUUGUCCUUUUCAGACUUUUGAAGCAAUUACAAAAUAUUUGGGAGUUUUCAUUGUUGUAAACUAAGACCUUAAUUGAUACUAAAAUUCUGUUCUGACUUGAUGGUAUGGUAUGUAGUAAUACGGAAUAACUCUUUAGACAACUUCCAGAGAAUUCCUUUAUUCAAUCUUUCAGUAAGUUUUACCAUGAAAUUUUACAUAAAUGAUGGGAAAUGGAAAGAACAUACCAUCAGGAAAAAAAUAUUUUAAUGGUGUUGUUAUAUAGUGUAUUGGCUAAUUCCAAUGGAUCCUGCUCUCUCACUGCUGACAUUAUCUCCAGUAUUUGACUAAAAGAAAACAAAACAAAAUGGUUAAAUUUCCAGGUAUAUGCUCAGUUUUAAAGGAAACUACUGUACUAGCACUCUUAACAUAAUAAGCUUAACAGGUAUAAGGUUUUCAGCACCAUCAACAGAAAAGUUUAACUGUUACGAUAUUUAAGAGUAAUUUGAGACAAAUUUCUGGGGCAGUCUCGCAUAUAACCAGAGCCAAGGUCCAGGUUCAAAUAAAUUCGAAAACCAGCCCACAUUAUGUCAACCACAACUAAUGGAACUGACCCAGUGAAAAUGAAGAGUUCCUUUAAACUGUGGUCAUUAUGCAUUCAUUAGUGGGUCAUGAUGACCUUUCAAAAAAUAGUAAGAAAAGGAAAAGUACAUCACACUUAGGGAAGUACUGUUUCAUUUCUGUUUGGGUCUUAUAUAUGUACAUGUGUGCUGAGUCCCAAGGUAUUGUGGCAUUGUGGGUAUAGCAAAGCUUGAAAGCCACUGCUAAGAGACUUAGUCCCAGAAGCAGCAAGAAUUUGGUGCAUCACGACCAGCACAAUGUCAGCAAAGGAAGUUAGAAGUUAUUUACUUGGAACAAUGUAUGGUUAUUGGGGUGAGGGGAGGAGAGAUGGCUUCUCUUCCUGUACUUAACUCCCUGCAAGAGCGAGACUAGCCCAGGUGUCCUUUCAGUUUCUGUGCCUAGAAUAAUAAUCAGUAGUACUGUUCUCUAGCUAUACUAUAUAUAGAUGUUUUUAUACAUGAAUUAGAAAGUUCUAAAGUCCAAAUUAAACAUUUAAAUAUUCGUUAAGAUUUUUGUCCCUGGUAUGGGUUUCUUAAAUAUGAACACCUAAAGGAAUUAGAGAUUAACUGGGAAUUUUUUAAUUAUAUAAUUGUAACGCAACAGCCACACUUAAUAUAGACUAAAUUUUUAUCUGAAUAAGUCAAAAUGUGCUAAAAGCAAAUAUAUUAGCAUUUAAAUUGACAGUAAAGACCCAAUUUUCUUAGUAAACUACAGAAUUUUCCUCUUACCUACUCAGUUGGAACUUACCUGCAUAAUACUGUGUGAAAUCAGUAUGAUUCCUGCCACCCAUCUCCCUUUCAGUCCUUUCUCUAUGCUGAUACGCUACAGCUUUUUAAAAAAAAACAACAAAAAAACCACAAAAAAACACUGCCCCUUUCCUGCUUAAAAUCCUUUGGGUCCUGAUGAAAUCUGAACUACUAAGGUUGACAUACAAGAGCCCUCACCAAUCUGGUCUCACUGUACCUUCCUAGGCUUAUCACUUACCCGUGCAUCCUACUUUUUGCCACACUAAACUCACUGUUUUCCCCAGAGCAGCCAACCCUUCUGCAGUCUGCCUUUGCUUGAGGUGUUAGUCUUGGUCUGGCACAACACCCAGUUGCACCCCGUGAACAGCUGAAGUGUCACCUUAGUUGAGCUAUUUCUCCUCAAGGAAGGCAGUUGCUAUGUCCUAGGGUCCUCAUCAUAUAUUUUUAUACCUCUGUAACAGCACUCACAUCUUGGAUUAUACUUUCUGCGUAUUUGCUCCAGGAGGGUUAAGGAUCCCUGUCUGAUUCCUUCAAUGUCUAUCCAAAGUGCCUGGCAGAAUGUACCUAGUCAUCUGGUGGACAGAUGCAGGGCAGGGACUGUCCUGAUUCUUCUAGGUAGCCUCGGUAACCUUGUGCCUUUCCUGACAUGCAGGAGCUUCAAGAUGUGUUUCAGGGAAUUUAAAAUCUAAAAGGGAGGAAAGAUCUCUCUAAAAAUAAUUAAAACAUAAAACUGUUAAUAGAUGGGUUUGAUAAAAAUGACUUUGUAAGUAGGAAUUAAUUAGUAAUUAGCAUUAGACUAGAGGCAUGUGUGUUUUUGAAAUGUGGUUUAAAAACUUUCAGUUUGUAAAUGCUGGCUUUCCCAAGCUCUGCCUCCUCAACUGGUAUUCAUGAUGGCAGAUGAUACUCAAGCUUUCUUGGUUCUUAACAGUCUGCAUUUGGAAGACCUUAGAAUUUUGUUUUGCAAAUGUGUCUCUAAAGUCAACAGCUAUAUUGUACUUAACAUUAAGGCAGUAUAUAAAAUCUGACGUGGAUACACUGUUGGCAAAUACUUCCCCUGAGCUGGCUACUAGAAAAAUACCAGUUUCUUGUCUCUAGUGUCCUAUUAAAUCUCUAUAAAGAAUGAUUCAGUAAUAAUUGUCUUCUGUCUUCUGACUGAAUUUGCAACUACCUACAUUUCAUAAAAGUUACAAGUGAUUCUUUACCAAUCAGAAUUUAAAAACAUUCCUCAGCCUAUGGGUUUUAAAACAUUCGGUUUUAAAAUCUUUGCCAACACCAGCAUGUUAAUAAAGGAAAAUCUUUCCAGUAUAAUUUUUAUAGAAUAAAUCUGCAGUUCUCUGCCACUGAAUUUUAGAUCUGGCUUACCUAAUACUCUUAUCUGUUAAAAACUAAAGUACAUAUGGAAGGAAUUACUACAACCUAAAAGUAACAGCUCAGUUGCCUGAACUGGUAAACCAUACUAGACUGAUAUAAUCUCUAUUUAAAUUAUCUGCUUAUGCAAACAAAAACUGGAUGAUGUGCCCAUUAACAUGAUACAAACUUAUCCUGUAAGUUAUAAGCUCUGUAGCUCCUUAACAGUUGGAUGGUAAACAGCCCCUCUUUUCACAUGCUAUGUAUUAUAAUAAAAAACGAUGCUGAAUUACUGCUUGGUCCCCCUCCCCCAGCU